AUGAACGACCUUAAUUUUCGUAUCGCGACCGAAGACGAUGCGGCUCAACUUCAGCAAUUGGUGGAAUCUGCGUUCCGCACCGAGGACAGCAGGAAAGGCUGGACAGAUGACCUAGGCCUCUCAUCAGCCUUUCGCCUCGAUGUCCAACAAGUUCUGGCCAUGAUCACCAAACCGGACAGUGUCGUGUUGAUGGCAACCAACAAUGAAGACACGCUUAUCGGCUCAAUCGGAACAUCUAAGCGCGAUGCAAACUACGCUCGUCUCUUCAUGCUUGCCGUUGAUACGAGCCAGCAGCGCGGCGGCAUUGGGCGACAGGUCUUGGCAUACGCUGAAGACUAUUGCCAACGGACUUGGGGUGUUACAACGCUGGGAUUAAACACCCUUUCGAAUCGCAAGCAACUUAUCUCGUGGUAUUCGCGUCAUGGAUACAAAAUGACGGGCGAAACAUCCCCCUUUCCUCGCGAGAAAUUCGAGAGCCUGGUGUUGCCGAACGAUCUUUGUCUUGUUGAAUUCGAGAAAGUUCUGGGAAUAGCACCUGCUGAACAAGCUACAUGA